UAUGUGUUAAAGUGCUCUGCUAGCCAAGAGAGGAAAUCACCUAUUCCCAGUAAUUGUUCCUUCACAAUGUUUCUUACGGAAAAGAUCUCCGUUGCUUUUCUCUGCUUCAGUUUCUCCAAUUUUACCGAUGCCGAUGCCGUUGUCUUCUGAAUCGUACUUCUGGGAUUCAUCAGCCCUCGAGUUCAGGGAAAGAUGUUUGUACACUCCUUGCGCUUUGGAUGUUUCGGCAAGUGAUUGUCGUACUUGAAUUUGUUGAUCACACACCUGAACGAAGCUGCCAUGAGUUUGAACACCGUGUUGCCGCUGUUAAAAGGCCUGUGGGCGUCGUGGGGAAUUCAGUUAUUGGUUGCUGCAAGCGUUGCCUGCGGGAUCGUUCUUGCAUUAUUAGGCAGCCGCCGGAAAUAUAUGACCUGGAUUUUAGCUAGAUUCCUCAUCUGGGCCACAUAUUUACUCCUUUCUUACUUUGCAACAUUGGCGCUGGGCAAGCUUACUGUGGUCCGCAUCGAUGAUCCUGAAAAUCCGGGUCACGAUGUGGUGUUGGAAGGGCUAUUGGCCCCAUUGCUUCUGAUACAACUCGGGUACCCAGAUGGCAUAACGGCCUAUGAGGUGGAAGAUAACCGGCUGGGAUUGAGACAGAUGCUCAACAUCAUGGUUACGGUUGGCUUCGUGUUUUGGAUUCUCAUUCGCUGUUGGGACAGCACGUCCCUGGUUUCAAGGCUGUACUUCCCCUUGUUCGUGGUUGGAAUCGGGAAGUCGGUGGGGUGGGUCUGGGUUCUCCACUCUGUGUAUGAUGGGAACUCGAGCGUGACUGCUGAGGACAUCAUUGAAGAAGCACAAAUUCAGAGAGUGUUCAAUGAGAUCCCCAAGGACAACAAGUUCGAUUCUGCAAAGGACAUCUUGAAGGCAUACUUUCGGUUCGACUGUCUGAAGCCCCACCUCGUGAACUGGCUGUACCACCCUCUGUUCAUAUCCCGCGCUUGGAUGUCCAUCGAUGAUUACCCCACCAACCAUGCUUUCACCAUAACCGAGAUCGAGCUGAACUUGAUGUUCGAUGUGCUCUACACUAAAGCGCCUCUUCUGUACACCAAAGUCGGCCUCAUAGGCCACUUCUUCGGCUUGUUCUGCUUGGUGUCUGCCUUGUGUGGAUUCACCAUCAUCUUCAAGAAUGUCUUCUUGAUCGACAUGUAUGUCACCUAUACCUACGCAUUACUGAUGGCAGUCACAUCUCUCGAGCUUUAUCAAGUCAUGGUGCUGCCUUUUUCGGAUUGGGCAGUGGUGAAGAUGAGUAUGAACCUUAAGGUGCCGCUUUUCCGAAGGUUCCUCCCAUAUCUAGCCGAUUGGUGCAUGAAGAAGAAAAGGUGGUCAAGGUCGAUAGGGCAGCUUAAUUUGUUAGACCGCCACCUCUUAUACAAAGACUGGUGGAAGCCCAUCGGCGUGGUUCUUGAUUUGUUUGGCAAAAGGGAGAUCUUCUGGAGGUAUUGGUUACACUCCCGCCAGACCAUCCCCUCGUGUCUCAAGGCACUGGUAGUUCAAAAGAUGACCGAGCUAGAGAAGAAACGACACCUCCUGCCCUUCACGGAAAGAGGUAAGUGGACGCUCGAGACUCACGGCAUCCAAGAGAAUCGGACACUGAGCAAUAGCAUCAUGAUGGAAUUCGAUAAGAGCAUCAUUAUCUGGCACGUCGCGACGGAAAUCCUGCACCUAUUGGAAAGCGAAAAGUCCGAGGAUGCUCGUGCAGAAAGCAAACUUCUAUCGGAUUACAUGAUAUACCUCCUCGCUCUGCAUCCUUACAUGUUGUCCCUCACCACCGCCGACAUCACACUGGAGCACGCUUUUUGCACACUGAGGCCUUGGUUGAGGAACAGAAAUCAUAGCGAAGCAAUUAGCCAACUAUUGUCGGCGGAUGGAAAUUUCAGAGACCCCAUGGACUAUGAUAAGGUGACAAUUAUCACUCGGAACUGGCACGUGCUGUUGGAAGUGCAGAAGCUCGUCGUCGCCCUGAGGACGAUGGAUAACAAAUGGGAACUCAUCAGCAGCAUCUGGGCGGAGAUGCUGUGUUAUGCAGCAUCCAACUGUCCAGUGUAUCACCAUGCCAAUCUACUGAGAAGAGGAGGUGAGCUCGUCACUCAUGUGUGGCUCCUCUUGGCUCACAAGACGGACAAGUACCGUUCGAGCAUCCCAGAGCUUCCUAAAGAUACUGCCAACACCUCGGCCUCGGCCGCACCUCCCCCCUCGGGACAAGGUUGUUCUAGUUGCAUCCGGAGGUUUUUUUUGGGGAAGAGAGAUGCUACUAAUAAUAUAUACGACAGCCGCAAAUGACACGCUGUUGUUACUCGCGAUUGGGCUAUUUUAUUUGCAUUGGUAAUUCUAUAUUGGUAUGUACAAAUAUUAAAUUGCAGUUGGCUUUGUCAUAUGAUAUAAAAAUAAA